AUGUCGCUUGUCAGAGCAGGCCGUUUCGCCUGCUUCCGCGCCGGCAGGCUCGUCGCCCCCGUCAAUGCCCGUUUCGUGUCCGGUCGCGGCGACCCUGCGAGCACUUCCAGCCCUUCUGAUGCCCCCGGUGUCCCUCACUCAGACAGCUCCCUGAUCCGCAAGGAGAGCCCUUCCCAGGCCAUGGCUCGUCACCAGCCUGACUACGAGGCCACCAUUGACCAUGCCACCUCGCAAUUCUCCCCUGUGCCCAAGCGCGUCAUGGAUGGCAGCGAGCCCGGCCAGACCGUGGCCGCGGCCGUCCUCUCCGGUGCUCCCACCGACCUGCAGGCUCGUACUGUCCGAAUCUACCGUCAAGCAAAGCCCGCCACACAGUCCGGCACCUGGCACAGCCACCACUGGCGCAUGGACUGGGACAUUCUACAACGCGGCCACCGCUGGGAAAACCCGCUGAUGGGCUGGCAAUCGUCCGCCGACUGCAUGCAGGGCACCAACAUCAACUUCAAGACCAAGGAGGACGCCAUCCUCUUCGCCCAGAAGCAGGGCUACGAGUACUUCGUCCAGGAGCCCAACGAGCGCCGUUUCGUCCCCAAGGCCUACGCGAACAACUUCGUCCACGAACCCAAGAAGAUCAAGCACAUCAAGACUAAAUAA